GUGGUCACUGCGAUCCUCCGCUGCCCCGCUGCUUGUAGAGCGAAGCCCCUGGUAAAUCUCAGUUCUGGUCCCCAAGCCCCCGGGCCCUUUCCGGACAGAACAGGUGAGCACUGCGCGCCGCAGCUCCGGCGCUUCCUGCGCUUGGAGUGGCCCGGCCCCCGCAGGCUCGCCAUGUUACCCUGGGGGCUGAGCUGCCUGUCCGUGCUGGGGGCGGUGGGCACCGCGCUCCUGGGCGCGGGCCUGCUACUCAGCCUGGCGCAGCACCUCUGGACGCUCCGCUGGACGCUGAGUCGGGACCGAGCCUCUGCCCUGCCCCUGCCCAAAGGCUCCAUGGGCUGGCCCUUCUUCGGGGAAACGCUGCACUGGUUAGUUCAGGGCUCGCGCUUCCACAGCUCCCGCAGGGAGCGCUACGGGACGGUGUUCAAGACGCACCUGCUGGGCAGGCCAGUGAUCCGCGUGAGCGGCGCGGAGAACGUGCGCACAGUCCUGCUGGGCGAGCACCGCCUUGUGCGUAGCCAGUGGCCGCAGAGUGCGCACAUCCUUCUGGGCUCGCACACACUGCUCGGCGCGGUUGGAGAGUCGCACCGGCAGCGGCGCAAGAUCCUGGCUCGAGCGUUCAGCCGUGCGGCACUGGAGCGCUACGUGCCUCGCCUGCAGGGGGCGCUGCGGCGGGAGGUGCGCUCCUGGUGCGCGGCUCGCGGGCCGGUCGCUGUCUAUGAGGCCGCGAAAGCGCUCACCUUCCGCAUGGCCGCGCGCAUCCUGCUGGGGCUACGGCUAGACGAGGCGCAGUGCUCUGAGCUGGCCCGGAUCUUCGAGCAGUUCGUGGAGAACCUCUUCUCCCUGCCCCUCGAUGUGCCUUUCAGCGGCCUGCGCAAGGGCAUUCGGGCCCGGGACCAGCUGCAUCGGCACCUGGAGGAGGCCAUUGCGCAGAAGCUUCUUGAGGACAAGUCUGCUGUGGAGCCAGGCGAUGCCCUCGAUGGGAUCAUCCACAGCACUAGGGAACUGGGCCAUGAGCUGUCAGUGCAGGAACUGAAGGAAUCAGCUGUGGAGCUCCUCUUCGCCGCCUUCUUCACCACGGCCAGUGCCAGCACGUCCCUCGUCCUGCUACUCCUGCAGCACCCCGCAGCCAUCGCCAAGAUCCAGCAGGAGCUGGCGGCGCGGGGACUGGGGCGCGCCUGCGGCUGCGCGCCGGCGGCCUCGGGGGGCGGCGCUGGGCCCCCGCCCGACUGCGGUUGCGAGCCCGACCUCAGCCUGGCGGCGCUGGGCCACCUGCGCUACGUAGGCUGCGUGGUCAAGGAGGUGCUGCGCCUCCUGCCGCCGGUGUCCGGGGGCUAUCGGACAGCCCUGCGCACCUUCGAGCUCGACGGCUACCAGAUCCCCAAGGGGUGGAACGUGAUGUACAGCAUCCGAGACACGCACGAGACGGCCGCAGUGUACCGCAGCCCGCCGGAGGGCUUCGACCCAGAGCGCUUCGGCACUGCGGGCGACGAUGCGCGGGGCGCCGCCGGCCGCUUUCAUUAUAUCCCGUUCGGCGGCGGUGCGCGCAGCUGUCUUGGCCAGGAGCUGGCGCAGACCGUGCUCCAGCUGCUCGCUGUGGAGCUGGUGCGCACGGCGCGCUGGGAACUGGCCACGCCUGCCUUCCCCGCCAUGCAGACCGUGCCCAUCGUGCACCCGGUGGACGGGCUGCGGCUCUUUUUCCACCCUCUUGCGUCUCCGGCGGCGCAGGAUGGGCAACGCCUCUGA